GUUUUACAGUUAGGAGUAAGAAACUAGGAUGAGCGGUUGUUGUCCUGUGAGGAAUGAAAAUCUGAUAAGAUAUACAUCUACAAGACUGCGAGUAGUUGAGGAGUUGAAAAUGCGGAAGUUUCCACCCAGAAAACCACUGCCACCGCUACCGCGAGGAUGAAGCUUGGGAGCCAGUGAUGACAUCUGUACCGCAAGAGUCGUGGAUACUCCGCUGAGCGUGUCGCAGCGGCGACAGUGAACUACAAUGGCUUCGCUACCCGGUUCGGAGCGACGAGCGUUCGCUCUGAAAAUCAACAGGCACUCGUCGGCCGAGAUCAGGAGGCACUUCAGCGCCACGAGCCACGGAUCCCCACACACCACCCUCCCCAGCACCACCAGCACCACCAGCACCACCGCCACAGCUCCAGCACCGGGGGAUCCUUCUGCUUCACCAUGCCUUCGUCCUACGAUGCCGUGGAGCCGGUGGAUCUAGAGGAGUUCCUGAUGGCCCAGCUGCGCAGCGGAGACGCCGAGCUCAUGCAGGAGCUCGGCGACUUCCCCGACGACGACUUAGAGGUGGAGCUGGUGGAGCGGGAGUGUCGCACCGCACAGCACUCGGUCCCAGACGAGGGGGCCGAGCUUGACCUACAUGUGAGAGACUGUGUACAGAGCUACACACAGCCUUGGUUAAUAGUCAGUAGAAGGUGUCAAGGUGAUGGGUGGAGUGCCUACUCGGAGCGCCCCGGCCUCCACAAGCUCCUCCAGAGGCAGGUGUUUGAGUCCGACCUGCAGCCCGAGAAACAGGAGCCAGCGGUGAGGUCUCCAUCUCUGUCCUGGCUUCAUUGA